AUGCCGACCGCUUUGCAUCCCCAAGCUAAAUUCGAUCCCAUACCCCCAGAUCUCGACCUCCAUGCACUCGUCGAUCGCACUCCAAACUUCGACUGGGUCGUGCGCAUUUCUACCGCCCAAAUCAGGCGCCUUGGUCCGUCUGGUUUCGAGAAGCUGGUUCAAUUACAUGUCAUCGAAGGAGGUCGGCCGUUGGUUAUAGAAGGAUGGAACAAGGUUCUUCCAGAUGAUCUCUUCAGCACAAGCUGGCUAGAGCAGACAUACGACAAGAAACAGGAAAAUAUUCGCGACAUAGCGGCACAAGCUGAUAUCCCAAUGACAACUGGCCAUUACUUGCGAUCCAUGCGACAGUUGACCAAUCAAUGGACCACUACUAAUUACCGCGAUGAGAGACGACAGCGCCUUUACUUGAAAGAUAUAGAUUGCCCUCCCGAGUGGUACGAUCAUCUAAAGAAGGUCAUUCCCCCGAACGUUUUUUAUAUGAACGACAAUAUCAGCGAAAAUCCAGGCGCAGACACUCGCAACGAUGACAUAUUUGGGGCGCCAGAGAAAACCCCCGCUGUGGCUGGUGAUCUGAUGAGUAGUCUUCCGGAGGAGAUGCGUGCACAGAACCUGAUGUGUUAUAUCGGCCAUGAAGGCACAUACACUCCUGCGCAUCGAGAGAUGUGUGCGAGCUUGGGUCAGAACAUUAUGGUUGAAGCCUCGGGAGAUAAGCAUGGAGAGAAACCAGGCAGCUCUAUCUGGUUUAUGACUGAAACUAAAGACCGUGAAGUUAUCAGGGAGUACUUCCUCUCUAUGCUCGGCCAUGACAUUGAAAUCGAGAAACAUUUCGCACAAAUCAACGCUUGGAAGAAAGCCAACUUUCCCGUCUACGUCGUCGAGCAAAAGGUUGGCGACUUCAUUUUGAUACCUCCCUUAGCACCUCAUCAGGUUUGGAAUCGUGGAACGAGGACUAUGAAAGUAGCAUGGAAUAGGACUACUGUUGAAACACUCGACCUGGCCCUCCAUGAGGCUCUACCGAAAGCGCGACUAGUGUGCCGAGACGAGCAGUACAAGAACAAGGCCAUCAUCUACCAUACUCUUGAGAAAUACUACAAGGACCUCCAGGCACUCGAGGAAAAUGCCGAAGUUGGGUUUCUAGGUUUCGGGCAAGAACUAAUGCAAAAUUCGUCGCGCAUGAGACAAAUGGCCCAUGACUUUAAACAUCUGUUUAGUCUAUUCACCGAGAUACUUGUUGAUGAGAUGUUCGGCUACAAGCAGAAUAAUGUCGAGUACGUACCAUUCGACUCAAACAUUACGUGUUCAUACUGCCGAUCCAACAUCUUCAAUCGCUUCCUAACUUGCAAAUGCUGCGUGCGCACGUUGAUCAAUGGCGAUGAAGAUACAUACGACAUUUGUAUGGAAUGCUAUGCUAUGGGUCGCUCGUGCGUCUGUAUAUCUGGCCUCCAAUGGUGUGAACAAUGGAAAUGGUCCGAUCUUAUUGAAAAACAUGAGACGUGGAGGGUCAUGGUGAUACAACAAGAUGGAUAUGUUGAUAUCAAUUUAUCGCCCCAGCCUAUCGAGAUUGCGCGCAAGAAAACAGGGAGGAAAUCGGUGGCCCAAAUUGCGCAAGAGCAACUUCGACGGAGGCCAUGGAAUGAUAUUACGAAACCACCUGAGCCUCAUCCCGAAGAGUCCGAACCCGAAGUCGAUGACGAAGGUCGCAUUAAGAAAAAGUCUAGAUCGAGACGGAAAGCUAAGAAAGGCGAUGUAUACCGUUGUCACGUCUGUUGUCACAAAGACUACACGUAUAAGCUAAACUUUUGCACGACCUGUCAAAACGCAUAUUGCUAUGGCGUUCUAUGGAGAGCAUUUGAUAUGAUGCCACAGGCGGCGAUGGAGGUAGAACAUUGGCAGUGUCCUAAAUGUCUUAAUAUCUGCAACUGCGGAACGUGUAGACAGGGUGGUAACACAGUCCCAUAUGUUCCGAAGAGUACACUCCUUGGGCACGAUACGCGCCCAAUCGCGGAUGAUCGUAGCGUUGAAUCAAUCGUUGACUUCCGACAACACAAUCUCAGCUGGCUGAAAGCCGCCGGGGAAGAAAAUCGGAGCAAGGAUACGAGACGCAUGCAACGACUAAAAGAGCAGGCCGAUGCUGCAAAAGCCAACGAUCCAUUAGCAUCAUUAGAAGUCGGAGACGAUGCUCCUCACGACGUGGAGCCCGCUCCCCAAGAUCCAGUCAUGAAUGGCUAUGGGAAUGAAGAUCAUGCAGUCCUACAACUCGCUAAUGCUAUUGCUGCUGACGAGCCCGAAAAUGGCCACGUACCAGCUCCUAAUGCGCCAGAUCUUGAGAAUCAACCAGAAACCCAUAUUGUGAACGCCGACAUGUCAGGCAUCCAAAAUGGUGAAGGGGACUCAUCUUAUCCAGAUCCAUCUGAGUUCGCCGAUCCAUCAGUACCUGGAGUCAGCCGCGAACGAAUGAUGGGACUGGGGUUCUAUGACCAAGAUGAGAGCCCUGACAAGAUUUUGUUUGAAUCAUUCCAAAUGCCUACAGCCGAUGUUCUCAAUAACGAGCCAGAAAUAUCUGACUUUGUCAAGAAGACACUUCGAUUGGCCAAGAGAAAGGCUAGGCUUGAGAUAAAUGACGAUCCCGAUUUUAGGGGUCCCAGAAAUCAGCCACGCAAGAAGCCUAGGACCGGAAACCUUGAUCAACUUGUCAACUUGGAUCCGGCUCUACUUGGUGCUCUUGGUAAUAACACUUCUACACCAAUAAGAGUAGCUGCCGCAAACAACUCCGGCGAACAAUCAGUUCAUGACGAUGCAGAAGCGCAAUCCGAAAUAACAGAAGGAACUCCUGUAUCUGUUCCUCCCCCUAAAAAGAUAAGGCCACGUCUCCCUGUUGACCCCCUGCGACCUACCUUACGACACGCAAAACCAAUGGUGUCGUACGUGGAAGCCGAGGAGCCGGCUGAGGACCCAGAUGAUAGUGUCCUUAUCAAGUCUUUAAGAAAUCUUGAGCCAGAAGAUGAGAGUGGCGUUCCGGAAGAGGAUAUGAAUCCUGUAGAUUUAGCAGCCGAUGCAAUUCGGGCGUUGACACAACUUCCGGUGCAGGAAGAAGAAAGUUCGGCCACUGCUAAAAGUACCCCGCAACCCGGAGCUAAGAGACGAGGACGGCCACCCCGAAAUUCCGUCGGGGCAGUCGUCACCCCAUCUUCAGUUCCAUCUACCGGUAAAAGACGUGGUCGCCCGCCGGGACGCCCGAGGAGAUCCACAACUAACGGUGCAGAAACUGAGGACACCACCAUGAUAGACGUAGAUGCACCCAAUGCUCACGAUGCCCCGGAGGCUUCUGACGCUCCUAAUAUUACUCAGGACGAUAAAGAGAAUGAGGUUAGCGUAGAAGAACUUGCAGCUCAACUAGAGCGAGAAUUGGCUGAAGCGAAUAAUAAUGAGGAGUCACGACCAACUACGUCUACCUCCGCGACAUUGUCUCGCGAAGAGCCUGUAAAGAAACGAGGUCGACCCCCCGGACGACCCCGUGUACAAGGGCAACAACAGCAACAACAAUCGCCCGUAGCGCCAAUCCCCCUUAACCUAGAGCCUCCUCCAGAUACACGAUUCAUGUCCAUGAGAGAGCGAGCGGCGCUAAGGGGUAGGAAAUUUAAAAUAGGAUCACGCCGAGCGAGAGAUACCCCAACAGGAAGCCCCGCCACAACGUCAGCCAAGACAACCCCUGCAGCCACCGUUGCACAAGCUACGAAAGAAAAACCAAAACCGAAACGAAAGUCCAUCAAUGCUGAAGAGCCCGUUAGGCCAAGUCCCAAAAACGGUCGUCCGGAGCUGUUAGAUGAUAACUUCAAACCAGCUGCUGUGGAGAUCGAGGAUUCAUCAUCGCCUAGCCCCACGCCAGAACGCGAGGUUCCAGCGCAGCGGCGGCCCGCCAGGAAAUCGGGGGGCCCGACCGUCGUGAGGUUGGAAUUCUCAGACGAUAGCAGCUCAGAUGAUUCGGAUAGUGACGACGACAGCGAUGGCGAUGUUCCUGCUAAACCGCGUUUCACGGCGACGCGCGGUCGGGGCAGUAUAAGAGGGAGAGGACGCGGAAGAGGUAGAGGUAGACCUCGAGGCCGCGUCUAA